AUGCGCCAGACUGGGCAGCGCGUUGAGACCAUACUGGAGUUUGGAUUCAUGUCCCAGCUACCGGAGAAAGCACAAAACUGCCCUAACUCCCGGGUCAUACCCAGGGUGGGCAGCCGGCAACCCUGGCCGGAGCGGAGGGAGGGGGUGUCCCCAGCUAGGGGACCUCGAAGUCUCUGUACUCGAAUUCCAGGGAAGCGGCGACUCGGGGCAGAACCAUUCUCCGGAGGUGGAGAGGGGAGGAGAAGCCCUGCACUCGGAACCCGAGCCCACGGAACCGGCUGGAACCGCCAUUCGACUCUUCUCCUUAUUCUGAUUUUGGCGCUCUGCUUCGCCACCAAGAGCUCCCCUCGCGCGCGACCCCCAGACCCGGGCCUCACUGGUUGCUCCCGGCCGCCCACUCCCGCGCGUGGUAUGGCCCGGCGGGCGUCCACUCCCGGCGCUGGUUAUAAAGGCCCGGCUGCGGCAGGCGACUGCGGACUCAAGAUGCGUCCUAAGGUGUCGGGGCCCGGCGACGCGCGGCACCGGUUCAGACCCCGGGAUCCGGCGGGAAUCACCCUCGCAUCCCCACUCGCAGCCAAUCCCGCUCCAGAGCCCCCUGCGCAGCUUGCAGCCGCCUCCGCGCGGGCACCCGCGCCGGGACAGGGAGCAGGAUCCAGAUCCCCUUUCGUCUCGGGACGCCCAGCCGGAGCUCGCCCGACCUCCAAGGCGGGAUCGGCGGCAGGAGCCCCACGCGCGUCCGCAUUCUCAGCCGUCCGGCGGAAUGCCCAGCCCGUGCCCGGCACCUCGGACGCGCCAUGGACCCGCUUCAUAUUCCAGGGGCCCUUUGGUCCCCCGGCCAUUGGCUUGGGGACCGGAAAGGCGGCGGGCAUCUGGAAGACGCCGGCCGCCUACGUUGGCCGUCGGCCUGGGGUGUCGGGCCCCGAGCGUGCCGCCUUUAUUCGGGAGCUGGAGGAAGCACUGUGUCCUGACCGACCGCCACCAGUUAAGAUCACCCAAGAAGAUGUCAGACUGAUGUUAAAUCUGCUAGAGGAGGUGUAUCCCAGAAAACAGGAAAGUAUUCCCCAUGGAUGGGGAUCCCCUCUGCAGAGAGAGCAGGACCUAAAUACGGUGGCUCGCAUUGGCCAGUCCCUGGCGAAACGGAACAGUGUUCUGAUGGAGGAGAACAGCAAGCUGGAAGCCAUGCUGGGCUCAGCCAGGGAGGAGAUUUUGUACCUCAGACACCAGGUGAGCUUGCGAGAUGAUCUCCUCCAGCUCUACUCAGACUCUGAUGAGGAGGAAGAGGAGGAGGAGGAGGAAGAGGAAGAGCGAGAGCAGCAGCAUGAUCAUCCCUAUGGAGCCUCUGAGCCGUGAGUGUCCUGCCUUUUCACCGGGGCAGCUCCUCUGACUUCUGUGCAGGAGUCCGAGUCGCCGCACUACUGCCCGAAGCUGGAAACACUGCAGGAGCAGCUGAGGCGGCUGGAGGAGGAGAACGAGCAGCUGAGAGAGGAGGCCUCUCACCUCGACGCCCUUGAGGAGGAGGAGCAGAUGCUCAUCCUGGAUUGUGUGGAGCAGUUUUCUGAGGCCAGCCAGCAGAUGGCCGAGCUGUCGGAGGUGCUGGCGCUCAGGAUGGAGACCCAUGACCAGCAGCGGAGGGAGGUCGCCCAGCUUCGGACCCAGGUCCUGACGCUGCAGCAGCGCUGUCAGACGUAUGAAGCCCAGACUGAGAAGUUGCAACGGCAGCUGGCUUCGGAGAAGGAAAUCCAGAUGCGGCUCCAGGAUGAGGAGGCCCUUCCUGGUUUCCAGGAGACCCUGGCCGAGGAGCUCAGAAUGUCUAUAAGGAGGAUUAUCUCAGACCCUGUGUUUUUUAUCGAAAGGAACUUUGCAAUGUCCCGGGGGAGUGGAAGAACGUGGCAGAAAGACGUUCCUGUCUCCCUGGCCAGGUACAAGCUGUGCUGCGGUGCGGCACGAGAGCAGGAAUGGGGGUUCGAGGCUGAGAGGGGGUUAAUGACAGCAGAGGAUUUUGUGCCUUCGGAGGAGCUGGGGGCCGCAGAAGAGGGGGUGUCAGCUGAGGAGGGGUUGACAGAAGAGGCGGAGCUGGUGUCGGAGGACGCUGAGGCCUGGGAGGCCGUAGAGCCGGAGCUGGAUGAGGCGACGCAGACGAACGCAGUGACCUCAACCCUGGCAGCCAGCGGCUUGGGCCCCUCUCACCUAAGCAUGAGGCGUGUCCUCCGGCAGCUGGCUAACUGGCAGGACUUGGGGUACGGGUGGCCGCUGAGGCAGAAGAUGCUCCAGGAAGGUGAGUGCUCCCGCAGGGGCCUCCCUCUGGCCAGCUGGACGAGCUGCAGAUCAUCAAGCCGAUGA